AUGGGAAGCAAAUGUGUGGUUUUGAGUUUAGCAGUGUUUCUCCUUCUCUCAAGCUUCCAUGAGGUUUCUUGCCAGGCUGAAGGAAGUAGCGAGUUUUUAACGAUGGACAAUCAACAAUUUCAGUCUAAUAUCUUCGACGAAGUAGAAGAGCGUCAAUCGAUAAAGAAAGAGAGUGAAAGCGAGAGCAUUUGGGAGCAGAACAGUACAGUGAAUGAUAAGACUAAAAUAUCUUCGUCUCUGUCAGAAGAAAUCGAGUCCGAAGCUGUCAGUGUUCAAAGUUCGAGUAUGAUGGACGCAGUAAACCGAGAAAUUGAAGCUCAUCUCGGUGAUCUGAAUAAACAAAGUGGAACUGAAGGGCUGGUCACUACAAUUGGUGUGGAUAUGGAUGCUUAUGAAAAAGAUGUUGAAAGACGGAAACAGCUGGAAGAGAUUGAACGACAAAUCAAAGCUGCGGCUGCUACAAAAGUUGUUGAAGGAACUAGAAGUACAAAGAGUACUGUAGAAACACAGGAGAUCAAAUCUGAAGAUAUUGAAAGUGAUAGCUACCAAACAUAUUAUGGAAAGACGGGUGAAAGAGUACAUUCUGCAUCAACGAUGAACACUUAUAAUGAUAAGAAGAAAGGCAAUAUUGGUGACGCGAGGGUGUUGGGAUCUCUAGGAAUUUCACAGUCCUCAGGUGCGUGGCGCUGUUAUCUUCCCCCAGACAAAAAUGGAGGUAGUGAAGAGGAGGAUGGUUCCCUCAUUAUUCCAAAGUAUGACAUAGAUGCGAUCAUCAAGGAAGAAUCCAUUUCUCAGGACUCCACGUCAUCAAGGACCAAGAGUCUCACACAAGCGCUUGGAAUUAUUGUUAACGAUUUUCGGAAUGCAAACCGUUAUCGAAGUGUAACCACAGAGUCCUCUUCUAAAGAAACAGCAGAGACCGUGGAGAAGCUCAAAACAACCCUAAAGAGUUACCGUAACAUCAAAGUACACGAGCUCGUCACUCGUACUGACUUCGAGGAGAUACUAACGAUGGCUGCACGUUACGAGGAACUAAGCUCGGCUUCGGUGAGUUACAUCUCGAGGCUUUCCAUGUACAGAAGCGUGAUCAAGGAAGGAAUCAAGGCCUCUCAGCGUGUUAAGCUUGCGCAGCAGCGUGCAAGGUUGCUCAAAGACAUGGCCGUGGAGAAGCAGAAGUAUGUGGACGCUGAGUUUGCGUUGGUCAAGUCUUUGGCUCAGAGAGGAGACGCCUUGUACGUCAAGAUAUUCGCGAUCAAGAAGCUGGUGUUGAAGCUUGAGGCUGAGAAGGAAGAAGUUGACGUGAGUUUCCAGAAGAGUGUUGGGAGUCUGUCUCGCGUUAUAGAGGAGGCUUCUCAGGCUUACGAGGAGUAUCAUGUGGUUGUGAGGAAGUGGAAGGAGGAGCAAGCAACUGAGGAGUUCUCGCGUGAGGCCAUUGAGAGCGCAGAGGUCGUUUGGGUUCAGUUUCUCAGCUCUCUCUAG